ACAGGAAGUGAAGUGAUAGUGAGUGGUGACGAGAGCGCGUGAACGGAUCAAAGUCCAAAGAUUGUGUCAUUUUAGUUGGAUUAUAUUGGCAUCGUUGCAAUGAGAUUGCUGUGUGGCUCACUGCUCAGUUUGAGGAGAUUCAAUGCUGUGUUCUCUACAGGGACGAUAAGAAGAGCCACAAGCUCAGCCACCAUGCGACUAGUCCAGUUCUGCCAUGUAGGAGACGAGGGGCGUGUCAGGGUCGGGGUGGAGCAAGCAGAAGGUCAGGGGGUCAUUGAUCUGAAAGCUUUUGACCCCUCCAUGCCUUCCACAAUGAGAGAGUUUCUAGAGAUGGGGAAAAGUGGAAUGGACUGCGCUGAGAGGGCUUUGUCCAGCGGUCAGUGUGUCGUGCCACGGUCAGAUGUCAGGUUGCUCUCGCCAGUCACUGGCCCAGAGAAGGUGGUGUGUGUGGGUAUGAACUACAGAGACCACUGUCUGGAGCAGAACGCCCCGAUUCCUAAAGAGCCCAUUAUUUUCAGCAAGUUCCCCUCCACCAUCACUGGUCCUUAUGAUGACAUAAUACUACCAGAGGAGAGUACGGAAGUGGACUGGGAGGUGGAGUUGGCCUUUGUGAUUGGACGAAAAGGAAAGCAUAUUAAGGAGGAAGACGCCCUGUCCUAUGUUGCAGGUUUUACAGUAGCUAAUGAUGUCAGCGCUCGGGAUUGGCAGAUGAAACGGAACGGGAAGCAGUGGCUGCUGGGUAAAACAUUCGACACAUUUUGUCCCCUCGGGCCAGCGAUCGUCACCACUUCAGCACUGAAAGAUGUUCAUCAUCUGGGUAUCCGCUGUCUGGUGAAUGGAGCUGUAGUUCAGGACAGUAACACCAGUCAAUUGAUCUUUCAGACACAGAAGCUGGUGGCGUGGGUCUCACGGUUUGUGACUCUCUGUCCAGGUGAUGUGUUUUUGAGCGGAACACCUCCAGGUGUGGGGGUCUUUAGAAAUCCACCUGUCUUUUUAAAGGUUGGACAUGCGGCAUCUGUUCAGCAUUACACCAUCAUUGCAAUCCAGGCACCUGAAAGGGCUCUUGGAUCGACUGCAGGGCUUGUCUGGAUAUUACAUCAAUACCCUUUAUCAUUUUAUGAACUACUGCUGCUAUGGUCAAUAGAAAAAAAACCACCUCUAAAACAACUUUGGUUACACUUUACCGUGAGGUUGUAUUUGUUAACAUUAGUAAAUGCAUUAGCUAACAUGAACUAACAAUGAGCAAUAUAGUUUUCAGCUUGUAUUACUCUUUGUUCAUUUUUAGUUUAUGUCAAUGCAAUUAUUCAUGUUAGAUUAACUUAAGUUAACCGUUACAACUUUUGAUUGUGAAAAUGUAUUCGUAAAUGAUGAAAUUAACAUGGACUAAGAUUAAUAAAUGCUUUCGAAGUAUUGUUCAUUGUUAGUUCAUGUUAGCUAACGCAUUAACUCAUACAAACUUAUUGUGUUACUAUAACUUCUUAUUAAAUCACAGACAGAAAUAGCACUAAAUUAAUUGUGCCAGACAAAAGAUGCAGAAUAUUGUGAAUAAGACACAAUCUGAAAAAGCCGAUAGCAAGGAAAUGAAUCAUCUGAUAUACAGCACAGCACUAUUUCGGCACCUUUGAACUAUAAUGUGAGCAGGUUAGUGAAUAAAGUCUGUAAAUAUGGCGACAUUGAAGUGAACUCGCUGCCGAGGCGAUGGCACAUCCUUUAGCCUCGUGAUUUACAUUUACGCAUUUGGCAGACGCUUUUAUCCAAAGCGACUUACAUUGCAUUGUAUUAUACAUUUGUAUCAGAGUAUGCGCAAUCCCCUGGGAUCGAACCCAUGACCUUGGCAUUGCUAGCGCCGUGCU